GCCUCUUCGAUUCCACCGCCGCGAUGAACUUUUCGAUGCACGUGCCGGCUAGUGAAACGACGUCGUUUUGGACGGACGAGAAGCAUGUGCACUUCCUCAACACCAUGGAAGCUUCCUUCGUCCGCACAAUGCUCGAAAGCAAGGGUGGCUUAACCCGCCGCCACCACCACCACAACCAACACUUCCUCCGCCUUGACCGCCACGUCCCCGACAGCUCCGAAUCCACCUUGGAUUUGAAACCCUACCACCGGCGCUGCACCAGAAAAUCCCAUGCAACCUCAGAUUCAAUGGGUUCAACAGGCAGAAGAACGAGGAGGAGAUCAUCUCAGCCGUGCAAUUCGUCACAUGAUCAGGUGGUCCCACAAGUAGAAAUCCAAAGGGAAGGUGCAGCUUCUAAUGGUGAUCAUGAUGAUACAAGAGCAGAGAAUUAAUGCUUAGAGUGUACACCUCUUCCACGUCCGUGGACGAAAGAUUCGAGAUUUUCUGGGUU